AUGGCGGUUGAGUCAACUUCCCUGGAGACGACUGACACUCGGGUCAUGCUGAUGCUCGGUCACGUCCUUUGGGUGUGGCCGCUCUGCAGCCAAUGUACCGCCGGCCGCGCCUGCACCGACGACGAGUGCAAAACGCGCGUUAUCGGCACCAAGCGCUACUUUCAAUUCUACAAGGAGCUCAUCGGCACCUACCUGGAUGACAGCUUCGUGGCCACGCGGGCCUUUCAAACACACGAAGAUCUCUUCACCGCCCUCCAAUCCCUCAUCGCGAACCCCCGCAUGACCAGGAAGCAGCUCGCCGACACCAUCUCUCGCGACCGCCAUCUGGCCCCAAACGCGCUAAACGCAGCAGUCUCCCUCGUGGUCAAGGUCCUGGCCAUGAUCGACCCGUCCUCGUCGCGCCUCUUCUCCUCCCCGGGAACGCUGGAGCUCGGCCGCUACCGCGCGCCAUGGCGGGACCACGUCCCCUUCUGCGACUACGUUCAGGACAUGUUCCCGGCGGGCAGCGGCGGAGAGGUGGACGGCGGGAACAGUGAUCGGUUCGAGGAUAUGAAGGACGCGCUGAGGGCGUCGGAACUCAAGAAGAAGCUCCGGCUGACGCUGCGCCUCACCCACGACCUGCGCGACCACCUGCAAUUUGAUCGGAAACACAGAAUCCUCGACAUCUUCCACCUGACCAGCUUCCUCAAGGAGCAGCUGCGGCUCUCUAAAGGAGCGCCCAGCGCUUCGAGCUCAGACGGUCAAGACUCUCCGGAUGACGACAGCAACGGCCCUGACCAUGUCCUCCUCCCGCGGCAGCUCCUACUCGAGACGCUCUCCUCCGUCCAGCAGAUCCUCUUCCCGCCGAGCGACGCGCGCUGCCGGCAACUCCUGCGGACCCUCGUCGACUCGGCCGGCUUCGACCCGGACGCCGCGCGCUACGAGCUGGCCUCGGUGCGCCGCCGCGGCGAGCGCGCACGCUACGUGUACCUCGCGGAGCGCCUCGAGGACUUGUUCGAGGAGGCGCGCCACCCGCGGCCCGACGGCUGGCUGGAUCGCGCGCUCGAGCGCCGCAGCGGCAAGAGGCACGUCAUGUGCGCCACCGUCGUCGGGCUGGUGGUCGCGCUCGUCCUGGGAGUCGGGUCGCUGGCCGCGGGCGUCUUCCAGGCCGUCGUGGCGUACCUGGCGUGGAAAAAUCCGUAG